AUGGGGUCUGCCCGGUGGAAGAGGCUCUGCCUUUUGUUUCUGAUAGGGAUAACGUUCUCGGUCAUCUUUUACGGGCACUACUACACCACGACGGAUUCACCCAGGUAAGUCAGGAGGGCGGGGCGCGGUGGGGGUGGGGGAGAGAAAUGUUCCCAAAAGCAGCGUCGCGGGAGAAAAACACAGCCCUGCCUAGCAUGCUUAGGGAGCAGCCGGCUACUCAGAAAUGAGGGGCAUCCCUUGUGUGUUGUGCGAGGGUGUUUGGGGCAAAGGCGCAAUCCCCCAAAAAAUCAAAACCAGGGGAACCUGGUAAUCGUGUUGGAAACAGAACAGGAAAGAGCGGUGUGCGCACCGCACUUUUCAAGCACAUUCCAAGAGCGUUUUCUUUGCUCCUGAAAGAAAAAAAAGAAUUAUGGGAACUGUAGUUUACAUCUCGCAGGGCGAUAGUUCCCAAUACCCUUAAAUAAGAUACAAUUCCCAUUCUUCUUUGGGUUGGGUUGGGGGAUGGGGAGAGAUAUGUGCUUUUAGGGUAUGGUGUGUAUACCCAGCCUCGGAAUCGAAGACUCUUGCUUAAUAUUCUUUUGUUUGCGUGUGGUUUAUUUUGAUCCGAUGGGGUUGCGACCGAAACCGCAGCUGUAUCUAAAAACACCGUGCAAGUUCGUUUAUUUUUAAAGCGAGGGGGAGUUUUAAACCUGGAAGAACCUCAAAGCUUGCUUUCGGAGAUGUGACUGCACAUGUUGCUUUACAAUGGAACACACGCCCUCCGAGGCGCGGGCAGAUAUGUGUGGCAGAAACAAAGCGCACAGCGACAACGCUACCUCUCUCCUGGAGAGCGAGGAAGGGCAGGCAAGUGUUGGGAGAGAAGGAAGGGUAUUGUACUCCCAGCUCCCAAAAGGCUAGGAAUAAAAAGCAGGCCAGGCAUGCUAAUUAAGUUCAGCGGAGUGAGUAAUGCAUGGGAAGCAGAGAGUUGAGGCUUCCAGACGCCUGUGCGUUCAAGAGUUCCUAGCCAUGAAGGCACAUUCCCACACAGUGGGGCCAGGAAGACCAAGCAGGCGAAAGCAGGGUUCUUAAGAGGGUGCCACUAGGUGGCUUCAAGUUUGAAGAUGGGGUGCUGUGCAUGGUUGCAGCGUGUCCUGUCUUGUUUGUUGACAUGCAGGGUGCUGUUGUCCACACACACAAACGGACAAGAGAGCAAAGUGCAGCUCAGAUUUUGCCAUUCAUUUAGCUGCUAUGUCCCGUGAUGAGUUGCAGAUCCCAGGGAACAUGUACUGCCCGUACCUUUGCUUAGGAGCCUUCCUACUCUGCUCCUGGCAGACUAAAGCCCCACAUUUGUAAGCCGGUGAAGCUGUGUAAUCUAUGCUAAGAGCAGUGGUGUGAAAGUUGGAAUAGACAAGUACAGAGGGCUGGAAAGAUGUUACGGCAGCCUUUGUCAAGCUGGCGCCCUGCAGAUGUUUUGGACUAUAACUCCCCUCAGGCCCAGCCAGCUGGUGGGAGUUGUAGUUCAGAGCGACUGCCGGGCGCCAGCUUGGCGAAGCCUAUGUUGGGAAGUGCCUGCAAGAUGGUUCACCCACAUUAAGCUCACUAAGCUUAAAGGACUUGCCCUACAGCUCAUGGGCUCCUAGAUACAGAUGUCAUCUGCUUUCAUUACUGCUUAAGAGAUGGAUGAGGGGCUCAGAAGGGAUGAUUCUCUUGGAACAGGUUGGGACCCAAAACUCAGAUCCCAGAUAGUCGAAACCAUUCGGCAAGCAUCAAAAGAAAACUUGCUUUAGGCUCCACACUUCAUUUCAUCCUGAAGUUCAGCUUUUACUUUAUACUGUCCACCCAUCCAUGUUUGAAAGGAGAAGGGUGAAGUUUCACACGGCACUCGCAACUACCCAUAGAUCUGAGUGUGAGACCCUCCCUCCUUUCUGUAUUUUCACUUUGCAUUCAAUAGUUCUGAAUGUAGCAGUAUGUUCUAUGAAUUUCAGGUCUAGUUGUGUAUCUUUCGGUUAAAAUGACCAUAUGAAGCACUUUAUGGACUACCUGUGGUGUGGGGAAUCUUUGGCCGUCUGGAUGUUGCUGAACUACAACUCCCAUCAUUAUUGCCAUACUCUCUGGGGCUGAUGGGAGUUGUAGUUCAGCUACAUCCAGAGGGCCAAAAGUUCCCCAUACCAAAUGUAGUCCAUAAAGUGUUUUGUAUACAUCAAUAAUCUUUAAAGCUCUAGUGGGAUUGGCCAGGACUACCGUAUCUCCAUAUUAUACUUGCAGGAGGUGAGACAUAGUGAAUUCCUUAACUUCACUCAGCAGGUUCAUAGUUUAGCUUUGAGUUAGGGGUGGCCAGUGCAUAGGGGUUGUUUUGAACAAAUGUUUUCUCAGAAUAAACUCAUUAAGAUAACUUUUUAAAAAUAAAAGAAUGGAAAUGGUUUAUUGAAUAUUUACAGAUACAGUGGUACCUUGGGUCACAAACUUAAUUGGUUUCGGAGGUCCGUUCUUAACCCAAAACUGUUCUCAACCUGAGGCGUGCUUUCGCUAAUGGGGCCUCCCACUGCCACCGCGCUGCUGGUGUGUGAUUUCUGUUCUCAUCCUGGGGCAAAGUUCGCAACCUGAGGUUAGUGGAGUUUGUAACCCAAAGUGUUUGUAACCCAAAGCGUUUGUAACCUGAGGUACCACUGUACAGUGGAACCUCGUGUUAAGGACGGGAUCUGUUCCGGAGGCCCAUCCGUAACACGGAACUGACGCGAGGCGAUUUAGCACUUCUGCGCAUGCGCGAGUGGCAAAACCUGGAAAUAACCGGUUCCAGUACUUCCAGGUUGCCGCGCCACGCAACACGAAAACGUGUAACCUGAAGCGGACGCAACAUGAGGUAUGACUGUAAAUUGUAAACAGAUAAGAACAUUGGCAGGAUUAUUGUAAUAACCUGCAGCUUCAUAAGAGUAUAUAUUUAAAGAAGAUGAAUAAAUGGCAAACCAGAGCAGCGCACGGAAAUGCCGUUUACCUUCCCGCCGGAGCGGUACCUAUUUAUCUACUUGCACUUGACGUGCUUUCGAACUGCUAGGUGGGCAGGAGCUGGGACCAAGCAACAGGAGCUUACCCCAUCGCGAGGAUUCAAACUGCCAACCUUCCAAUCAGCAAGCCCUAGGCUCUGUGGUUUAGACCACAGUGCCACCAGUGUCCCUUAUGUCUAACUUAGGUCCCUUAAAUUCAUUGGGUCCACUAUGAGUUAGUUUAUAAGUUAGUUGAGUGUAACCCACUAAGGCUUACUCUUACUUGAGUGGGACUCAACUAAGUUGUUGUGUACAUGGAAUGAGAUUCACUCAUGCAACAGGGCUUUCCCCUUGCACUUCUAAAUCUGCAGUGGCAGGUUGGGGGAAUCGCCAGGGCUGGUCUAGAGCACUCCUGGGGGAAGGAGAGAGUGGAAAGGUCUUGCUGUAUGAGCAGACCUUGUUCCAUACACAGAUACCCCACUUGGCUUUAUAUUGAAUUCCACCCGCAGUUUGUGGUUUUAACUACAAAACAACCCUGAAUCUGAACUUCCCUGACCCCAGUAGGUGGGUGGAAGUUACCGCGGGUAGUCGCUGGAGCCCCCAAAAGACAGCAUCUUGCAUGCUAGGCCAGCACAGGACCCACUGGAUCCUGAGCUGGCCCUCCGGAACUGGCGCUGCUGGGCCUCUUUGCUGAGCAAGCCUGGGACAUGGCAUAGUGAAAAUGGGAAUGCUGUAAAAAAAGCACCCCUUUUCUUGCAGAGCAAUCCAAGCCUCUGAUCACCUGUGCCGGAGGCGGGAUUUGGGUGGGGGUGGAGAUGUCCCCUCCACGCAGCCUUAGCCACCUCUGCUGAUGGAGGAGCCUUACCCCCCAAUGUUCUGAGGCCUACAAUAGAAGGAGGGACAUUCCUGAACUGAAUGGGUCAUGUCCAACGUACUGCUAAGUCGCAGAACAACUUUUGCUUGCACAGUUGCCAGGCGUGAUAGCUCACUUGACAGAGCACGAGACUCUUAAUUUCAGGAUCAUGGGUUUGAGCCCCAUGUUGGGUGAGAGAUUCCUGCACUGCAGGGGGUUGGACUAGAUGACCCUCGUGGUCCCUUCCAACUCUAGGAGUCUAUGAACUGGGCUACCCCCCUCCCCACCCCCCUUCCAUCUAAAUAUGUUCUGGGGUUUCCUCCAAUCCUCCAGAGCAGAUUGGGAGAUGGCAUAGUGUGCACAGGGGGAGGAGGGGAGGGAAAGUCCCAUCCUCCAAUGAGGAAAAGUCAUUCUGUUCACAAACUUGUUUAGUUGAAUACUGCCCAUUAUCUCAAGAACUUGAAAGGCAUUCCAUAUCCAAGCUACGUAUGGUUUAAGAGCUCUCUCUGCCCCCCUCUUCCUCCUCAGUUUUUCUGCUAUGGCCCAACCUUCUCAGCAUGACUAAGUGAAAUGGACACAUUUGUCUUUGUUGUAAAAUAGAAAAGUUCUAAGUUAUAGGAUUGCCCUACGUCUAGAUUUUGCUGGAUAUAUCCAGAAUACUGCAGUCACCAGCAGUGUCCAGGCAGAAAUCGGCACUGAUGUCCUGGAAAACCCGGACGUACGGCAGCCGAUGUCGGCAGUGCCUUUUUAAAAUAAAAGUAGCUCAAAAACGGUUUUGGUUUUUUUUAGCAAUUUUGUCCCAAAAGCUGAACCACUUUGGGCAAAACUAAAAAAAGCUCAAACUGUCUGGAUUUUCACGGUUUGAAAUAUGGCAACCCCAGAGUUUGUGGGCAAUUCUUUACAGUUCAUGUCCUUCAGGGUAGCUCCUUGGAGUUUAGGAGACAUAACUGCCCAGCCUGUUCUCCAACCUCUUCCUUUCAGUUGAGCAAACAACACAUUUUGUCAGGUCUGUGAGGGUCGAAGUUCUGAUAUCUCUUAUCCAACCUCCCCUCCCCACCACCCCACAACAAUUCCAGUUGAAAGAUGGAUGACAAUUGCCCCAGCAUUUUUCAGAAUGAUAGGAGGUAAUAACGUGUCCUAUCUUUAUUGAGAUGGAAAGUUCAGUUUUUCAUCUCAACUCACUUAUCAGAACUUUCCAUUUCCCACACCAUUGCCCUGCUGGUAUACGUAUAGUCUAGUUGCAAAAUAAACAUUUGGGUCUCAUUCCUUCUUUUCCCCUCUCUUUCUUUUUAUACAUCAAAGUGACUUCCUCCUCACUGCAUGUUUUCAGAGGGGCAGGAUCUGGUAAAUCUGCACCAGAGUUUUUCCUUACGAAGAAAGCAAAUGGCAAGGAGCACUAGAGCAGUGGAUUCGUAAUCUGGUGAACCGGGUUCGCGUCUCCGCUCCUCCACACGCAGCUGCUGGGUGACCUUGGGCCAGUCACACUUCUCUGAAGUCUCUCAGCCCCACACACCUCACAGAGUGUUUGUUGUGGGGGAGGAAGGAAAAGGAGAAUGUUAGCCGCUUUGAGACUUCUUAGGACAGUGAUAAAGCGGGAUAUCAAAUCCAAAUUGACCCCAAUUUCUAGGCCAACUAAGGGCGAGCUAAAUGCUCCUAAUGAAAACUAGAGCACAGGGAAACACAGCCUUCGGAGGCUGGGAUUUGUAUCAGAUGAGCUGUGGAGGGGAAGGUCCCUUUUUCUGCUCCAGCCUCUAGCUGGUGUUCACCUGUAGAGUUAAUAAUAAUAAUAAUAAUAAUAAUAAUAAUAAAAUUUAUUUAUACCCCGCCCUCCCCAGCCAAGACCGGGCUCAGGGCGGCUAACACCAAAUAUAAAAACAAUUGACUGAAAUACAGCUUAAAAAACAAGACUAAAAUACAACAUUAAAACAUUAAAAUGCAGCCUCAUAGAGUUACAUGCACAUUUGCCUGUAUAUGGAACCUCACAGGGGUCUCUUCUCAUCCUAAAAUUAUAUGAGUCCAUGAGAAAGAAGCUGGUGGAUGAGAUGAGAGAGAUAUACUAUUUUCAGCAGGGAAAUGGCCAGUGGGGAAAGGAUUAAGCAGCCUCCUGUAAUGGUUCUAAGGGGUUGCUCGUGCGUAAGCAGAUGCCUAUCUCCCUGGCUGGUUGCAAACACCUGGCUGGGCUGCCAAAGUGAACCUCCUCUGUCCGGACAGCCACUCACCCGUGGCUGACUCAGUCGCUGGCAGAAUCCGUGAGUGGGUGUUUCUUAAACUUCUUCCAGCAAAGACGUUCUUUGACGCCUAGUCUCCGCCUACCCUCUCUGCGCGGAAGCCUUCUGCGCAGGGAGGGCGUGGGCAGCGGAGGACCUCUACUCUCCCCGCUGGUCCCAGGCAAGGAGUCAUGGGACCGCCUCACCACUUCCCCCACCUGCCCCCCUUCUCCACUGGUGCUACGCUGAUUCUCUUCCCCAGAAGAUGGGCUGCUUCUCCCGAUCCCUGGACGCUCUCUGGAAUCCCUCUAGCUUUUGCGCUCUCCCUCCAGUACUGAUGGCAGUUCCCUGACACCUCCCCCCCCCCCGUUAUUUGUCAGAAAGAAAGAUUUAUUACACACAUUGGUCUGUAACAUCUACUGUGCUCCUAAUAGCAAUAAAUUGUAGGUGGAAGCUCCUUUCUCUGGAUGAAGCAAUGCCUUCAGAGGCACAAGGCCUUAGGGGAGAAGUCCGGAGGAAAUAAAGACUUCCUUUGAGGAUGCUUCAUAACAGCCAUCUUGCUCCCUUGUAGACCUAGCUAACAUUCUACUUAACCAAAAAUAACACUUGCUGUGCUUUUGGACAAUGAUAAUUUCCCCCAGACACUGGGUCAUAUUUGAGGAACUGUGUAAGAGCUGCGCCAGAUUUAGGGCGGUGUGGGUGUCUCCCCUGCACAAGGUGCUGAACCAAAGGGGAGCAAAAUAAUAAUAACAAUAAUGAUAACAAUAUUAUUAUUAUUAAUAAUAAUAAUAAUAAUAAUAAUAUACCUAUAUUAAUACGGGAACCUACUGAGAAGAUCCAUAAAAAUGCAACUGUACCAAAAGGAAUUAUUGUGAAAAUAAGAAAUAUUAAAGUAGGGGGCAAAUUUUGUCCUUGCUCAGGGCACCAUGUUAUCAAAGUCCACCCCUGGCGAUAGCUGCCCUCAUCACUCAGCCAUUCCUGGGACUAUGCUCCAGAAGCUGAAAUCAGGUCAGAUCCUUUGAAUAUCUGCUAAAUAAGACCACCGUUUUUUGCUGUGUUUCCUGAUGCUGACUGUCCGGUACCUUGGACAAACUUGGUUCACAAACUUGGUUCCCAGACUUGGGUCUCCAGCUGUUUUUGGACUACAACUCCCAUCAUUCCUAGCUGGCAGGACCUCUGGUCAGGGAUGAUGGAAAUUGUAGUCCAAAAGCGGCUGGAGACCCAAGUUUGGGGAACCUUGGUCUAAAUAGAGCACCACAACAUUUGGCAAGGAGCCUAUCUGUGGCUGCCCCCCAAAAGAUCUCAAAACACAGCUCAAAACCAACUGAUUUAGAUGCCUCUUGCUUCCACUUCUUCCUUUUAUUUGCUGAUUCCAGUCCUUGCAGGAUUCCCUGCUCUGCAUACAGAUCACCCAGUAUCUCCACAGGCAGUGCCUAGAAAUCAGGAUGUAAUUUCUAGGGUCCUUGCCUGAUACAUUUAAUUAGACUACUAUUCCUAACCCUCCCUAGGUCUAACAUGCGGCUCCUAAUCCUGUUUCCUUCUGUCAGACAAAAAAAUUGACUGUUGUUGGCGCAAGUCUUUCACACAAAUGACCCUGGCCGAGACCUGCCCUUAUUGCUUUGUAAUUCAAGGAACUAUGGUAACUGUGAACUGCCACUGAGGUAACCACAACAAAACUUCAAUUGCCCUACACGUUAGCCACUUAUUCAGAGUUUUGCAAUUGAGUCAAUUGCGUGCUUUUAACAAGUUUACUGAUUAAAACGGAAUUACAUGGUGUCAUAAUAAAAGUAGAAUGUGGAGGGUAAUUGAGGCAAUAGUUUUAACGCAAAUAAUUUAUUUCUGGUAAAGCCAACGUCGAAUCUGACCUCAAGGCAACGCACUUGGUCAGGGAAGAUUUAUAUCAAAUUGGAUGGAGAUGCCAGAAGGCUGUGAGCUUUUAGCAUAUGGUGAUUAAUAUGCUUAAAGAUGCAUUUCAGAUGGACACUUUGCUUUGUUCAUUUAAUUAUGUAAAAUAUAGCACCCUAACGACCUACCAAGUGCGGGUAUGAUGCAUUCCUAUGAUGGUCAUGAUAGGAUAUGCUAAAAACUAAGGGGAAAGUGCAAGACCAAGUAAAACAGACCUGAUAAGGAAGUUAUAGGAGCAGGUUGGGAUUAUAAAAUGAACAACCAUGUUGAGAAAGCAAGAAAACUAAGGAAUGUUUAAGUUGUUGGAGUCCAGUGUGUGUGUGUAGUUACAGAUUAAGGACCAUGGGGUUGAUUUGGUGAUGUAGCUGCUCCAUAAGAAUUUAAGAAAUUAAUUAAAUCAAUUUAAUUAAUCCAUAAUCUGGAAGUCAAGCAAUAUAAUAGCUUUACCUUUCUUACCCUUAUAAUAAUAAAUGCAUUAAUGCAGUGGAUUUGUAUCGCAUUUUCUAAGUGUGAAAAUGCUGUUGCUGUUUUUAAUUUUAAGAAAACAGAUGUAGGUUAGCUAUAACAAUACCCACACCAGUAGACAUUCUUUCCUGGCGACGGGUCGAGGGAAAAUCUGAUUGAUGCUUUGGCUCUCGUUGGGUUUGACGUCCGAAAGAAGCUUGCAGGGGAGGUGAUGGGGAAGAAAGACAUGUCUGAGUGAGACAGAUUUGUUAGAAGUUGUUUUCGCAAGGCUAAAUCCAAAUACAUGUUUCCAUAAGUUGUAUAGACUUCUGCUGCAGGUCCCUUUAGAUCAGGGGUGAACAGCUCUGAGAACCACAUUGGCAACAUACGAUAUCCAGGUGCCGGCAUCUAAUUUGUAUAUUUGAGCUAAUUGUAAUUAACAGGUUUUGCACAUCAUUUGCAUAAAGCCGGUGCCUGCCAAGUUGUAACAGAUGGACAUAUUGCGUUUAUUUUUGUGAUAUCUGAAAUCAUUAACUCCAAAUGUGAACGUCUCCUCCGCUUAGUGCCGGAGACAAUUCUGGGUGGCAUCUCCCUUGUAGCCUUGUCACUACUUUGGGUGACCUUUCGCAUUCAUGAGCUAGAAUAGGCAAACCAUAGGUUCAGACUGGGACACUCAGGAUAGCUAUUUCCAGGCUCAGUGUAGCAGACCCUCCAAGUUCCCCUAUUUUCCAGAGACAGUCCCAGAUUUACAGACGUCAUCCUGGUUUCUGAUUUGAUCCCGGAAUGUCCCUCUUUUCCUUUGGAUGUCCCUAUUUUCAUUGGAGAAAUGUUGGCGGGUAUGGAGUUAUCCAACCCCUGAGCUAUCUGAAGGCAGCUCUGUAUGGAGAAGUUCUUUAAUGUUUAAUGUUUUAUUAUGUUUUUAUAUAUGUUGGAAGCCGCCCAGAGUGGCUGGGGCAACCCAGUCAGAUGAGCUGUGUAUAAAUAUAAUAAUAAUAAUAAUAAUAAUAAUAAUAGAAUAGUAAAAGUAAAGGGACCUAUGACCAUUAGGUCCAGUCGCGGAUGACUCUGGGGUUGCGGCGCUCAUCUCGCUUUACUGGCCGAGGGAGCCGGCGUACAGCUUCUGGGUCAUGUGGCCAGCAUGACUGGCGAAACCAGAGCAGUGAACGGAAACACCAUUUACCUUCCCGCCGGAGGUAAAUUUACCUAUUUAUCUACUUGCACUUUGAUGGGCUUUCGAACUGCUAGGUUGGCAGGAGCAGGGACCGAGCAAUGGGAGCUUACCCUGUCAUGGGGAUUCGAACCGCCCACCUUCUGAUCGGCAAGCCCUAGGCUCUAUCGUUUAGACCACAGCACCACCCACGUCGCUUAAAUAAUAGAAUAGGUUGGCCACCCCUGGUCUAGGCAUGUAAGAAAUAUGUCCUAAAGAGCUGCCUACCAUGCAGCAGUGAAAGACAUGGGAGUCCUAGAAGAAAAGGUUGCGUACGUACGAAGCCACUGUUUUUAGAAAUCAUUGGGUAAACCACUCAGAAGAUCCUACUCCUCCAGGCUUCAUAAGCAAACUCGUAACUCUUAUGCUGAUGUUUCUGCCUCCUGCAUGAGGUUCCCUUCUUAAUGUUUCUCCUUUCUGGCCCCACCAGUAGCUUAGGCAGAGCCCAACAUUUGCCCCGUUGCCAUUGUUUGCACUGGCUGUAUGAAUAAUCCUUUCACAAGCAGAACAGUAGCAGAACAAAAACCAGACAUUCAUAGAAAUACAUAUGUUGCAAAACACAUAAGUGUGCAGGUUGAGAAGGGUUGUGCAUACUGGUUAUUGAAGAUUCAAAUGUUCAUCUGAACAGCUCGAGGUAGCAUAUAAGUUUCUCCCCUUCCUCAUUUUAUCCUCGCAACAGCCCUGUGAGGUAGGUUAGGCCAGGAGAAAGCUACUGGCCCAAGGUCACUUUAGUGAGCUUUAGGGCUGAGUGGAGAUUUGAACCCAGAUUCUGGACUUGUACCCCAGAGCAAAAACAAACAGGGCUGCUCCAGUUCACAGAUAAGUUUAAACCACCCCUUUUGCUUUGAAAAAGUCUCCGGUCUAUAUUUCUGAGCAUGUGGAGACUGAUUCCUCUGAGGGGGGAUGUUUUGGAAUCCAUUCCAAUAGUUGCAGUUCAAGGGGUUGACCUUCUGGCCAGGGCCAGUCUGAAGGAGCAGAAAGAGAGACAAGGAAACCUUUGUGACACCCAAAUGGUGAUUUUCACACAGAGGAGCGAGCAGAUCGUGUUUCUUCAGUUCUGCAUGUGCGUAGCCUGUGGCAGACAUCCCCCUGAAGCCUGUUGUGAGAAAAGUUCUUGGUGGCCUUCCUGGAAAGGCUUGUUGUGCAAAGGGCAGGAGUCCUUUCAUUAAGGCCAAGCCACAGACCUGUCCAUCUAGAUGGACGGGGUUGUAAAUCCAUCAAGCCCCAUUGACUUUAGUUGUGGGGGGAAAUGGCUUGAAUUCUUAAUGCCUAUGCACCCAGGUCAUCAGAGGAAGUCUGUUUCACCUGCAGGAAAAGUACAUUGGCUGUAUGUCCAAAAGAAAUGACCUUCACUGGGUUGGCACCUGGAUGCCAACAGUUUAUUAUUUUCGGUGCAGGUUGCAACUUUAUUAUUUACCCAAAACACAAACACACACACACACACACACACACACACACACACUGGUUGGAUAGUUUUAUUCCUCUUCAUUUUAUUGCAUUAUUUAUUUUUGUAAUUCUACGUUUCUUUUUAUAUACAGCCCUAAAAUCCAUUUUUGGAGAAGGGGCAGCUGAGGGAUAGCUCAAUUGGCAAAACACAAGACUGUUAAUCUUAGGGUUGUGGGUUCGAGUUCCGCACCAGGUGGAAGAUUUCUGCAUUGCAGGGGGUUGGACUAGAUGAUCGUUGUGGUCCCUCGGAAUUAUUUUGCCAUGCUCCUCAAUGCCUGAUGGUUGUGGGAGCUCUGGUCUACACAAACACCUACACACAGAGAGCCAAUCCAUUCAUUUUGCCGGAGGGAGAAAAUCUGUGCUUCCAUUCUUUGUACAUGGAGGUUGACUGUCUCUGUUGCAAUGAACAAAGCAGUCUGUGCUUGGAGCUUCAUUUGCACAUUGCAGUGGAUGUGGCAGCUCCAGAUUACUGCAAGGGAGUACAUGCCUGUCUUCCAGUUGUGCCCAUGUUUAGUUUCGAUGGGCUCUGUUAAAGAGGAAGCAGGUGUUAACUAGGCAGAGCCGCAUUAAAACUCAACCCUAAAGCCAGUUCAGGUCGGCGACGCCUUGCAGAAAGUUCAAGCCAGGAUGGCGAGUAUACUAUCAGCAAGAGCUCAUAUUUCAGUAAAUGCCUCUUCAACAACAUAUGCCUUGUCUAAUCCACAAUAAAGCAUUUUUCACAGAUACACGAUGGUGAUAUUGAUUUCCCCACCCACCCAAACUUGGGCAGGCUGCUGUGAGAGUUGCUUUGAAGUCAACCUUCUGUUUCCCAAUGAAUGGGCCUCUUUCUUCUUCUUCCAAGAUGACCCAUCUAGCAUGUAGGGAGGUGGAGCUGUUGACUGAGAAGGGCUUAGCCAAGUUGCCUGACCUCAGGUUUACCAGUGGCUGGGUAAGAUCCAAGACAAAACAGGCAUCUGGAAAAGAAGAAGUAGGAACAAAAUAGCUAGGGGUUGUGUGGCUGCAACCCACAUUUAUUUGUGCGUUAGCCCAGCUGAAUACAGUAGGAUUUACUUCUGAGUAGGGAUGGGGAAGAAGUUGAUAUGAAUGACCCAAUUCACACUUCCUGUACUAAUAAGAUACCCUUCAGAAUUCUCACUUCCCCAAAUUUUGUGCUGCAGUUAUCCAAUGAAAAAGUGUGCACAACUACGGUAUAUGGAAAUAGUAUGCAAAGCAACAUAGUUGGGGAAAUUGCUUGCAAAAAUGAUAUUGGACAAAAUUGCACACAAAGAUCGAAAGAAAUGUGUGUGAGCUGUGAAUCUUCAUGUGGACUUUUUCAAGGGAAAAUGGCAAAUGGAUGUGAAAAUGGAAUGAACUGAACUUAAGGUUGGGAAAAAUGAGAAUCUGAAUGACAGAUUUGUCCGUCCUUCUGAAUAAGAAGUGGCAGUUGUUAGUGUCUAUGUUUGUACAGUACUUUAAUUGAGUUAGACUGGGAGACCCAAUUUUAUAAUAAUAUUUAUAUAGAGUUUCAGGUUGUAUACACACCAUACAUUUAAAGCACCAUCCCUGCCCCUAAAAAAAAAGUACUGGGAACUGUAGUUUAUCUCUCACAGUGCUUCAUUUUCCAGUAACCUUUAAAUCGAUGGUAUGUAUGCAGGCUCAAAGUGCUUCCUGUUCUUUCCUGUACUUUUUACAAUAACUCUGUAACUACUUGCUCCUUUAAGUACAGUAAAAUAGUGGUCUUCACAUGCAAAUAUGCUGAUUUGUCCAGACCUCCGGCAUGAUCCAGUGAUACUUGAGCACAUUUGACAUUCAAUUUGUUUCACUAUAGGAGUGAAGCACAUGCUUAAAUCUCACCAACCUAGAGGUGAAAACAAAUCUUAGUUUGGUGUAGUGGUUAAGAGCGGUAGACUCAUAAUCUGGUGAACCGGGUUCGCAUCUUCGCUCCUCCACAUGCAGCUGCUGGGUGACCUUGGGCUAGUCACACUUCUUUGAAGUCUGUCAGCCUCACUCACCUCACAGAGUGUUUGUUGUGGGGGAGGAAGGGAAAGGAGAUUGUUAACCGCUUUGAGACUCCUUUGGGUAGUGAUAAAGCAGGAUAUUAAAUCCAAACUCCUCCUCCUCUUCUUCUUCUUCUUCUAUGCAUGUUUACUCAGCCGUAAGGCCUACUGCAUUCAAUGGGACUUUCUCCCAGGUAAGUGUGCAAGGAUUGCUACCUUAAAUAUGCAAACAACAACAACAACAACAAUGAAGGGUCUUGUGACACUUUAAAGAUUAAAAAAUUAGCAUGAACUUGUGUGGACUAGUGGCCACAUCAUCAGAUGCAGGAAUGGUAAUAUUAAUCUUCAAUUGCAGGUAUGUAUACACAUGCAAGGGGACACAGGUGGUGCUGUGGUCUAAACCACGGAGCCUCUUGGGCUUGCCGAUCAGAAGGUUGGCGGUUCGAAUCCCUGCGACGGGGUGAGCUCCCAUUGCUCGGUCCCUGCUCCUGCCAACCUAGCAGUUCGAAAGCACGUCAAAGUGCAAGUAGAUAAAUAGGUACUGCUCCGGCGGGAAGGUAAACGGCGUUUCCGUGCGCUGCUCUGGUUUCGCCAGAAGUGGCUUAGUCAUGCUGCCCACAUGACCCGGAAGCUGUCUGCGGACAAACGUCGGCUCUUCGACCAGUAAAGCGAGAUGAGCACCGCAACUGGACUUAACUGUCAGGGGUCCUUUUUAUACACAUGCAAAGUGCAUAGACAUUGGAAGCAAUGAGAUGCAACAAGUACAGAUAACUCCCAAGAGACUGUGAUCUACUCCCAGUAUAAAAAAGGCAGUGUUCUACCCAUUGCCAUUGCCUAGAGUUCUUGAGCUUAUUUUGGGAGGAGUGCCCAAAGUUGUUGAGCUUCUUUUAGAGGGGAGUGCUCAGAGGUGUCAUGGCCCAAUUUAUUUAAUCCCGCGAUCGACCUGCAGUGCCCCAGCGAUCAACCAGUUGGAUGUGCCUGAAUUACAGUUGCUCAAAACAAGCUCAAGUGCUUCUUUACAGGAAGCAGUGACAGAUGCAAUCAACUUGGCAAAACUGAGUUAUGCUGUUGUAGGAAAUGAAGCCAUUGUCUUUUUUCCGGCCAAGAUUCCUUGCUCAGUAAGUAAUACAGCAUCUCAUACUGGUGCCUCCUUUUGAAAUCAUUCAAGUAGAAUUCCUUUGAAAUUCUCAUGGACACCUCUAGAUCAGUAGCAUGCUUGCUUUAAAGAAUAAUAAUGAUAAUAAUCCUUCAUCUGACCACUAUCAUUUGGAAGAAAAUCCAGUUUCAGGGCCUCAGUGCGGAAUGUACUGCAUGUUUGAUGGGGGUCAGUCUUGCACUGAUUUCUCCUGCAAAUUGUUAAUCUUAUGGCUGAUACUUCAGCAACCCAAAUGGAUGUUUACUGCCAACAGCACCUUCGGGAACAAAUAGCAGCCAGGGAAGGGGCAUUUUCCAGCAGAAAAAAGGAACCUGAUCCAGAAGCAUGUUCCAGAUUGGGCCCUGUGAGUGAUUUUAUUUCAGAAUAAAGUUAGUCAGAUUAAUAAUAGUCAGGAUCUUCCUGCAUGGGGCAGGGAUCCUGAAGCUGUUUUCUUAUCCACAAUAAAUUUAACUGGGCUCUUUGCUGGAUCAACCCUUUGGAUUUCCCAAAUAUGCUUUGUGCUCCUUGUUUCCCCGAUAGUGGAAGACGUUCACAGCCGCUUCUUUCCAAAGAGAGAAGGCUGGAGAGUUGUUCCAUUCACUUUCCAAAGAACGUGGACUGGAAAACUUGCGUCUUUUGUAAUAAUCCCUUUAUGUAAAAAUGUACUGGUUGAGCAAUUAUUGCAAGGCAAAGAAGCAACACACGGUCAGACUGUGUUAGGUUUGCAGCAACAAUAGUCCUUAAAUAGUAACAAACAGUAACGUUCAGAAAUGCAAAUAUGGUUUCUCUAGAGAUCGCUGAGACAACCAUAGCAGAUUUAAAAUAAACAGCGGGGGCUGAUGCCCAUUGAGAGUGGCAGGGAGACCAACAGUGGGCAUGCAACCGCUGCCCUUCAGAGACAGGCAGAGACAGGUAAUUCUAGUUUUGUCCCCAUCCUCAAGGGCAACACUGAGACUAAGAAGACUGUGUACACACGACACUCUUAAAGCAACGUUCUUCCCCUCAAAGAAUUAUGGGUAGUGUAGUUUACCCCUCACAGAAUUACAAUUCAUAGCAACCCUCAACAAACCACAAUGCCCAUAAUUCUUUGAGGGAAAGAAUGUGCUUUGAAUGUAUGUACACAACCUAAGGAGGAGGAGGGUUACAAGCAAUGCCACCAGGGGUAUGGGGUGAGGAGCUGACUGAGGGGAGACUGAGGGUGGUGGGGUGGUCUCCACGGCAAAACAAAACAAAAGCCAUUUCUGGCAGCAGCUCUCCCUGCCUCCUCAUCCCAUUCAACCUGCUCCUAUCCUGCAGGUUCAUACAAGCUGACCAUCCAAGUCAGCGUCGGUUCCAGGUUUGGGGGGGGGGGCAUGCCUUCCUCACUGCUGCCUCCAUCUGCUUGCCCUCUUUCUCUGGGCUGCAGCCUCACAACCACCCCAAGGGACAGCAUGCUGCUCUGUCUCCUCACUCGAGUCACCACUUGCAUUGUCAAAGGGGUUAGGUAGGUGAACAGGGAAGUGGGGCCAAGGGGCUCCAGAGAUUGGAAGUGGGGGCCCUGCAGAAGAGUGGUGACCCCGGCACCAACACUGAUAAGAUCAUAAGAGCCCCCCUGCUGGAUCAGGCCCAUGGCCCUUCUAGUCCGCCAUCUUGUUUUCACUGUGGUCAACCAGAGGCCUAUGGAAAACCACAGGCAGGACCGGAGUGCAUUAGUACUCCCCCAAUCGGUGAUAUUGGGAAGCAUGAAUAGGGUUGGUAUUCAGCAACUGGCGUUUGGAGGCAUAGUGCCUCUGACAGUGGAGGGGGAACAUAGCCAUCAUGGCUAGUAGCCCUCAACAGACAUCCUCCAUGAUCCAAAUGGCUGAGGUGAUCUGCUGCACUGAUCUGAGCCAUAAAUUCAUACCUGUUGUUACUGGCCCAGACCCACAAAGGAGGCUUUGGAUACUUAAUACCAAUAUUAAGCAGCUGGACAUAAAAAUCCACACUCCUUGGAGUUUGGUAUUCUACUGAAGGCAAAGCAUGGGAACUCGGAUCCAGAGGAGCGGAUCUGCAUGCAAAAUCCCUAGAUCCAGCACCUGGCCAGGCAUUGUGCAGGUGUUGUGUUCCUUUGCCACAGAUGCAAUGCCAGGCAGAGGAUGAGAGUUGCCAGCUCACAUCUCCCAUGUGCGGAUUGUGUGUGGCGAAGUCUAAGGGCUGUUCCAAUCUAAGCUGACAGCGUUAAUCAUCUCUUUGAUGGGGAGAAGGAGGGGGAUCAUCCUGCAAAGCCUCCGGCAGGCAGCCUGCUGUUGUGCAGGAAUGUCCCUGAAUCAGGGCCAGCAUGUCUCAUUUGUCUCUGGCCCGCUAAGCCUUGUAGGAACAGGAAGAAGUCUGGCUUGCCAUUCAAGUCAACAAUGUUCCUGCCUUGCCUAAUAAUAUGAGGCAGUUGGGCAGCGCAAAGAAGUUUGAUUAGAUGUAGGUUUGCCACGCAUCUUUCUUAUAACAUUUGUUUAUUCAUUGGUUCAUUCGUUACACAGAUAUUCUGCCUUACUACCAGGGAGUUCAAGGCAGCAUUUCUGAUUCUCUCCCCAUUUUAUCCUCAUCCCUUCCUUUUUUAUCCUCUCAGUAGCCCAGUGUGCUUCAUUGCUUUAGUGGGUUUUAGACCCAUAGAGAGGCACUCUAACCACUUCAGCUCUGCAAAAGGCAUGGUUGAGAAACAGCCCUGCGCCAAGCAAGAGAUUGCCAAAUCACACCGGUUCAAGCUAAGAAAAUGUGGAUGGGCCGGUUUCAGUUUUACCACAAGACUCUGUCGUUGCAAGUUUCUGCAUCUUGUUGGAACGUGUCCUUAUGCCCUUGCUCCCCCCGCCCCGCCCCCCAAAUGCCUUUUGCUCCUUCUUUGUGGAUCCUUUUACCAACUCAGGCCAAGUUUGAGCAAACUGGGAUCCCUACAAGCACCGGGAAGUCCAGUAGAGAAGGUUGUGUUGUUGUUUUUUUAAUGUGCCUAUUACAUACGCUUCAGGUUACAUACGCUUCAGGUUACAGACUCCGCUAACCCAGAAAUAGUGCUUCAGGUUAAGAACUUUGCUUCAGGAUGAGAACAGAAAUCAUGCUCCGGCAGCAUGGCAGCAGCAGGAGGCCCCAUUAGCUAAAGUGGUGCUUCAGGUUAAGAACGGACCUCUGGAACGAAUUAAGUACUUAACCCAAGGUAUCACUGUACUUGAACUCCACAUUCUCCAUGCUUGUUUCUACUUCACCUGCAAUGUAAAAACAAGGAAACCAGCCCUGGUGUUCUAAGAUCUAAAUUCAUUGUAUAGUUAAGGUGUUGUGCAAAACUGGGGGGAGGGGGAGGAAUUGCUUCAUGCUGCCAUGCUUUAUGGUGGAACACGUUAUUCCUCAGCAUCUAAAUUAUGAGUUAAUUCAAGAGUUUUGCUAAACACUGACAGCUACAUACCUCAGAGCUAAAGUCACACAAAGUUUGCAAGAUCUAAGAACUGAGCUAUGUGGCAGCUCAGACUGAGGGCCUCUCCAGACUGGUGUUCUUGCAGGCACACUUUGCAACGUGUCCUUGACACAAUAAAUAAGUGCAUUAGUGGUGGAUUUAUCCUGCUUGAGUUUGUUCUGCAAUGCUUCCCCAGUGCUAUCAUAGAACUCAAAGGGACCCUGAGGGUCAUCUAGCCCAACCCUCUGCUUUUCAGCAAUCUCUACACAUGGUUCCCCAUCCAAUUUGAAACCCAUACUGGACCCUGCUUAGCUUUGCAAAUUUGCUAGCAGUUUUAUUGCUGCUCCACUAGGAGGUGGUCAUUGCUGUCUGUAGGGGCUACGGUACAACAAACCUAGGACAAAAAUAACCCAGAACAUAAUCCAGAACAAAUAAUCCAUAACAAAAGGUUAUGGGAUUUCAGCAGGAGAUUAUGGGAUAUGCAUGGACUAUUUCAUGCAAACCAUCCCAAAUCAUUUAGAAAUGCAAACUGUAUUGAUAGUGGGGUUGUGUGUGACUGAUCCAGUAGUGUCAUGGGCACAAAUAAUCAUGGAUGUGGAAUAAAAUGGAUGUCUCUGGAGGCGAAACCUAUAGGAAUGCUGGCAUGAAAUGAGAACUCCAUACAUAACUUCUCCACCUGCUUCUGUUACUGUAUUCCAGACUGCUGCAGCAGGAGACACUGGGGCCAGCGCAAGCAGAAAUUCCCCAAGAUGUCAGGAACCACAGUCUGCCCAGAGAAAGCAUCACAAAGAGGUAAGUGAGGCUGGAGUGAACCCUUCCUCACAGAAAUGUUGCCAGAGAAUUGGGUGGUUACUUAAAAUUGAUGCAUUUGAUUCAGUCACCCACUUCUUCUGGGUCCUUCUUGCCCCUAGAGGGAUGUCAGGGCCGAGAUAAGUCACAGCUAGCAGAUUUGCACUGUCAGGAUUUAGGCUGGAGCUUCUGGGGGUUGUAGCCCAGAGGGUUCUGAGGGCACCAUGUUGGCUAAUAACCUUCUUGAUUCCACAGUUCCCCAGUGUCCUAGGCUUGCCCACUUCCCUUCUGACAGUAGUUUGCAGCCCUAACCCCCUCUUCCUAGUUUUGUCUUUCAUAUUCCAUGGUUUGCCCUGCACCUUUCCUUCCUUCAUCUUUCUUGUCUUUGGACUCCCUGGCCCUUGAUUUCCCAGCAUCCAGGUUUCCUUCCCAAUUCCUAACCUGCCACAUGCAACCUUUUAAAUCCAGCCAUGCUGACAACUUCCCCUUUCCUCACAGAAUUACAACUACCAAGUCUUUAGUUCCUUGAGCAACUGAACAUUCUGAUCGUCAGCCCAGGCAAACAGUAUCACAGGUUUCAUCUUCAUAAGUGCACUGCAAUGUUGAUAUAUGCUCUUUAAUGCUUCCUGUGGGCUGGAUGGCAAUGGGACAGACCCAGUACAACAGGUUCAUCAAUCUGUAACUAUCCCAUGGCUAUAAAAGGGUCUAGAUUUCAUAUCUAAAUCACUGGAAGUUGAGCAAACCCUUAGAAAGGGUUGUUGGAUAGUGUAGGCAUCUCAGUAUACAGUGAACAAAUGUUUGUGCGUGAAAGUCAGUCUCCUUUUCCUGCUGUUUUCAUUCUAGGGGGAACCCAACCAAAAAUUCAUCUGAGAGAGGAAUUCUUAAUCAUCCUAAGGAGAAGGUAACAAGUCCAUCCUUCAUUCUAAGGACUUCCUUGCCCUUUGUCCCCUUCCCAAAAGCAGGUCAGCACCCAGACAUCAUCAUCAUAAUGUGCUUACAGCACAUAUAAAACAUAGCAAAAUAUCAAACAUUAAAAACUAAAUAAAAACUAUUUACUCUCUGCUAUUCAAGGCUCACAUCGUAAGAGUUAAUCUUCCACAACACUUGUUUCUAAUUCAGAGUUAGAGAGGUUGACCACAUGUCUCUGGAACAGGCAUGGCACGAAUACAGGUAUAUCCCUCACUUUCUUGCUUGCUAGUUUACAACCAAGAGGAACAACCUCUGAAAAUGAAAUUCUGGACUUCUAAGCCACAGAGUGCCUUAGCGUCAGGUGUGCUUAGUGGAAAAGGGUUGCAUGCUGUGAAAACUUAUCAGUUGAUGGUCUCACUCAAUUAACACUUAGAGCAGACGCACUGAAAUCCACAGGACUUGAAUACCUCAUACCUGGCAAUCUUUGGGGAGUCUAAGGAGCAACAGCAACAACAAAUCAGCAUAGGUUUGCAAUCAUUGGUUAAAAUCAGUGAAGCUUUGAAAGGCUCAGUCUGCCAGCUCGAUUCAAAAUGGCACCCUGAUGUCCCCAGACAUAGAUGAAAAGCUUUUCCUUGAUCUUGGGAACCAUCCUGCAGAAUUUGGUUAUGUUAUCUUAAGACUUAACAGAGAAAUGUGUAGCAUAUUCAUAUAAUGCGUGUGUGUGUGUGUGUGUGUGUGUGUGUAAUAGUUUAGAAUUUAUAAUGAUAAAUUAUAUUAAUAAUUGCUUAAAGCUAAACUUAGUUGUGACUAAUUUAAAUCCCAUUGAAUUCAAGGGAUCUACUCUGAGUAAGACUUAAGUUUGAAUUCAACAUAAUAAACAAAAUACUUUAGGAUGCUUUGCUCACUUUCCCUCUCUCUCUCUUUCACACACACACACACACACACACACAGAGAGAGAGAGAGAGAGAGAAGAAAGGGUUACUGCAAGGCAUCAGUGACAUGCCCAAAAUCUCCUAGUAUGCUUUAAGUAGAUUUUGAACCUAGAUCUUCCUGGUCAAUUCAGCAUUAUACAGUAAUUUGCAAGGAAAAGGCAGUUGCCGAGAACUGAUGCAAAAUCUGCAGGGAUGUCUAUUUCAUGUAUCUUAAAGGUAAAGGGACCCCUGACCAUUAGGUCCAGUUGUGGCCGAUUCUGGGGUUGCGACGCUCAUCUCGCUUUAUUGGCCGAGGGAGCUGGUGUACAGCUUCUGGGUCAUGUAGCCAGCAUGACUAAGCCGCUUCUGGUGAACCAGAGCAGCACACCGAAACACCGUUUACCUUCCCGCCGGAGCGGUACCUAUUUAUCUACUUGCACUUUGACGUGCUUUCGAACUGCUAGGUUGGCAGGAGCAGGGACCAAGCAACGGGAGCUCACCCCGUUACGGGGAUUCAAACCGCCAACCUUCUGAUCGGCAAGUCCUAGGCUCUGUGGUUUAACCCACAGCGCCACCCGCGUCCCUCUUCAUGUAUCUUAUUCACCCACAAAUCUACAUUCUGCCUUUCAAGUCAAAGGCCAUUCAUGCUUUUUGAAAAAAAAAUAGAUUUAUGAAACAAACCAGUGAAAGAACUAAAUACUCACAACAGCUGUUUAAAAGCCCAACACAACACUGCUUAGUAAACACAGUCUGCAACCUUUUUUUUUUUUUUUUUUGAAAAGGUAUAUUGCAAAGGUAACAAAGGUGGGGCCAUGUGUACUUCCUUGGGGAGAGAGCUCCAGAGACAUGGAGCCUUGAAAUGUGCACAGUAAAUGGAGAACAACUGUAUUGUCCAGUAACUUUGUCUGAAAAGAACCCAUUCCUCCAUCUGUCGGAUCCUUUCCUAAGGGGGAUAUCACUUUCCCUGGUUAAUGCUUUUUUCACUCUGACCGACAGCCAGCAGUAUCCUUAUCCUCACGCCAACCCUUGCGAUCACAGAAAUUAUCAGAGAAUUUGGCUGCUGCUUCACUUUAUUUUUAUUGUAGGCCACUUUGAGGGUCAUUGCGCAAGAGCGGCAUCUGAAAAGGUAUCCCGUCAAAAUAAAUAAAAUCAGAAUUUCUGCAGAUGUUUUUGGCUAUGAGUUGAAUAUAUUUUAAAAAAAACAAAACCCAGCCACGAGCAUGCUUAGGUUGACUCUGCUGCACAAUAUUUGGAUUCUGAUGCUUGCCUUGGACGUUCUCAUCAGAACUCAAAUACCAUCCAUAUUUGACUUUAAAAAUUGGUAUUUGGCCCCUAAAAUUGGAAUUCAAAUUUUGACAUUCAAAUCAUCCGUCUAGCAGCAGAUGUCAUCCGUGCAGCCCGUGUGAAUCUGCCUUUGAUGUUAAUGGCAGGCUUUUAAUCAUGGGCAGCGUAUUUACAUAGCCAGUGCAAAUGCAUCAAACAGUGGGAGCUAGGAAUACGAUUCUUCGCUGCUGUUUAACAUCUGACUUUAAGCUCAUGCGGAUCCAUAGAAGUAAAUUUGGAAUGCUUCGUUUAGUGCACUAAAUUAUCUGACUUGUAUGACGGUAUGGAAUGCUAUUUUACAGAGUUGCCAAGAAGUGAAAAAGCGUUGAUCUCCAACCUCACAUCCCAGAACAUGUAUUUUUUUCCUCUCGUGAGUCACAACAAAGGAGGAAGAACCACAAAUCUUAGGCUUUCUCCUCUGACCCACAAAGAGAAGAGAAAAACGGUUCCCUAAACCCUGAUUCUUGCCCCCACCCCACUCUGGUGUUUGCAAUACUCCUCCACCAUUUCUUUGUUCAAUAUUCAGUGCAGCUUGAAAAUAGUCAUACACUCCCUUCCUUCCUGUACCAUCAAGUGUUAUGGGAUGCAGGAAAGAGCUGACCCCAAAGAAAGGGCAAAGCAAAGCAAAACUGCUACACAAGUGGGUUGUGUCUGUGUGGGCGGAACAUUUGUUUAGUCCUGAGCAGCAUCAACCCUUAACAGUCAACUAAUUAAACAAUGUACCUUCAGUACAGGCGUAAUUCCCUGAACUAGUGACCUGAUAGCUGCUGCCCACUGGAAGUUUUAACAGACAACGGAAAUCCAGCAACCCCUUCUCAGGACACAGAAAAACUGUUAAGAGAUCAGAUGCACUGAUUCAGCACACCUGACUUCCCACCUGUCCCACCAGGGCUGUUCCAGUCUCCUGCAUGGCUUCAUCCCACAUUACGUUUAGCGCAGCUGCUCAGGCUAAGCAAACCCAGAGGGUGUAGCCCAAACCUCUGUACAACGUUGCUCCGACUGCUGUUUCCUCCCCUUUGGGUUCAGUGGUCUGUUGUGGUUCUGUCACUGCCAUUGGGCAAGAACCAAAGAUGUCAACAGGCUUUUUCAAGUUCUGUUUCUUUGCUUGAUUUGGCAAAAUCGCCCCUGAUCUCAGCAUUUGAGUUUUCCGAGUGCAGGAAUGUUUUCAUCAAUGAACAUGUGUUUGUAGUGUUGUAACCGAGAACUCCUGUAUAUAAUUUGGGGCUUUGUUAAGGUUGUUCUAUGUUCUUUGCCAGUCUUCUCUGUGACCUACCUAAGUAGACAUUCCAAAGAAAUAUUGACGGACGUUAACUUCUACCACUUUAGGAUUUGCUCACGCCAAGCCUUUCUCAGUCCGGUUUGUGUCCCCACUCACUGAAGUCCAAAGUAAAGGUGGACCCAACGAUGAGGAAGCAGUUUGAUUUUGGCAUCCCGGUGCUGAUGGAGAAGCAGCACUUCACCCCGGAGACCUGGGAGAAGCUAAAAGAGCACAAAGUCCCCUACGGCUGGCGUGGCUUGUCAUAUACAGGUAAUGGGCUGGGGACAUAGCUCUAGAGGGCUACUCUGCUGUAUGCUACAUUGGAUGCAUGCACUGUGAUCUAAUUACCCUAGCUCUAAACCGGGCUCACAAUGCUCUGCUCCAGGAGGUGUUGGUGGCAUAAAUACACAUGAACCAAUCUUGAUGCGAACAAGCGACUGCCCAUGGCAAUUUUUUGUAAUGCCCAGGGAACUUCAUACCAUCCAGUGCCUGCCAGAUGGUAAUAGAACACAUGAAGCAAGAAUACAUCCUUUCUUGGGGCCUUGUUCUUGGCACACUCCAUGAAUUGAUGCUGGUACUCAUAACCUCAGCAGUCAUGUUUGGACAACAUGGUAAGCAAUAAAAGCUUGCUGCCAAAUCGCUCCCGCUUCACUCAUCCCCUGGCAUGAGCAACACAUCAUGACCCUUGCCUUGCUGGGACCUCUAAGCCAGGUGUUUGUCUCCAAACAAACCAGUAUCUGAAGCCAAUGUUUUGUUCUUUUGCUUCCCCGUCAUGGUUUGUUUGAGAGAAAUAAACCACGAGCGUUAAGUUUGCAUGGCAUAGUAAGGUCGUGGCUCAUGAUUCCUCGCUCCACUUGCGCUAGGGGAGGAGUGAUAAGGCAGGGCGUGCCGCUCACAUGUGCUCCUCAUUCACGAUCAGCCAUGGCUUGUGCCUUAACCCGGUGUGCACAUCCCGUUUCUGCCUAAUCAUACAUUUAUAUAUUUUGAUCUGUGUUUAUUUCCGUGGAUCGCAACCAGAGAUAAUGCUGAGAAUUUCCAUGUGCUGAAUGAUUUGAUAACAUAGGUGGGCUUCUAAAAAAAAACAACCACAUUCCUGCCCCAAAAGAAAACAGUCCCCUCUCUUCAACCCAGCUGUUAAAGUUGGCCCUGAGAAAUAAAGAUCUGGUCCAUUGGGGUGAAAUGGUCCCCUAUCCCUGAUUUCUCAUGUAACCCAGUAACGGACAGCGGGGCAGGUUGGCAGUGUUUCCCUGGCUUCCUGACAGCUGAAUCACUGUUAUUGACUUGGAGAGAGAGGGCACCUAAAGGCUCUAAAGCCCAGGAUCAGUGUUGUUGCCUGUAGUUUCCACACAUCUUAUCUGCAGCUGCACCCAGAAUCUCUUUUCCUCUUUAUGCCCACAUGCCACUGCUACUUCUUGGUGCUUCCCACAUGGGAGUUGCCCCACAGCCAGUGGAGUACAUCACAUAUCCAGGUUGCCUGAUCCAGAUUGAGGUGAUGGGGAAGGGGGUGACUGAUCCUUAUCAGGAAUGAUAUACCUCCCCUGAUCAGAUGUUGAGGAGUGAUGUUGUUCACAAUUUAUGUGACCCAAAAGAAGCAUCCUUCCUCUCUGCUCGUUCUGCAUGUAUUCAGUGAGCUUCCUAUAUAAAAAAAGGUGCCUUCUCUGAAUCAGCAACAACUGAAGGACAUGGGGAAAAAGGUAGCAGAAGAAAAGGAAAAGCAAGUCUUUCUUCAUCUAUCAGCUGCUCAAACCCAAAUGAAUUUUCAACGUUCUACUUUCAUCAAUGUCCCAAUGUUUGCAAGUGUCGUCAUUUUGACGCGGGCUCCACACAGGCUCUGGCAUCUCUUUAAAGACUUAGAUCUGAAGGGAGAGGAAGCCUUUGAAAACGCUGGUAUCAACGCCUUGUGACAUUUGCCCGAAUAAAAGGUCCCAGUGUCUUUGUGAUGAUUAACUUGAACCAAAAGCAUUUGGCACAACCUACUCCAUUGUUGUCGCUGCUGCCGCCGCUGCUGCUCAUGGCCAUUGGCUUUUGGGCAUUAUCUCACUUCCUACCACAUUGCCCACUCUUCCUUUUCUUGCCAGGCACGCUGUCUGCCUGGCCAGCUGAUGUCCUGAAUCUCUUAACUGAAAGUGAAUGUGGGACAUGCUUCAAAUCAAAGAAGCAGCGUAGGGGGGAAACGGGCUGCAGAGAGUUUUUGGAAGUGUGAAAGCUUCUGCCUUGAGAUGAGUUCAGCACAGAAGCCACGUUGGCAAAGGACCUUUCUUGGGGCUCCCCAGCUCCCUGCACCCCACUCUGUAACCGGUAGCAUGGGAAACUGUAGUGCAUUUAAGCAAUUUUGGACUCUGGGUGGGGCUAUUGAGAGUUGGAGUGCAACAACAUCUGGAGGGUUGCAGCUGUUCAAUAGAUGUCAUCCAAUUUAAGUCAUGCUCAGAGCCGACGCACCAAAAUCAGUCAACUUAAGUUCAUUUAGUUCAGUGGGUCCACUCUGUGUAUAUUAUUAUUAUUAUUAUUAUUAUUAUUAUUAUUAUUAUUAUUAUCCCACCCAUCUGACUGGGCUUCCCCAGCCACUCUGGGCGACUCCCAAUAGAAUAUUAAAAACACGACAGAACAUCAAACAUUAAAAACUUCCCUAAACUGGGCUGCCUUCAGAUGUCUUUUAAAAGUUGUUUCCUUGACAUCUGAUGGGAGGGCAUUCCACAGGGUGGGCGCCACUAGCGAGAAGGCCCUCUGCCUGGUUCCCUGUAACCUCGCUUCUCGCAGUGAGGGAACCACCAGAAGGCCCUCGGAGCUGGACCUCAGUGUCCGGGCUCUAGGGUGAGACCCAGUUUAUGUCCUACUUGCGUGUUUCAUGUUGGUGGGACAGAUGGGAGUGAGAGGAACCCACAUAAAAAUGCCUUAGAUGGUGGCCUUGCCUUAGAUGGUGGUGUGUAUUACUUCAAAAUGAACACCCACUCUGCUGCAUUUGAAGGCUUCUCCUGCUAAGUGGGGCCCUGGGCCUUCUGCCCACAUAGUCCUGCCCUGACGGUAUCACUGAGAGGAAAAAGUGGGGAGCUCCAUCUGGAAGAAGGGGGAAGAGAAGGAACUAAGGCACCUCAAACAAACGCUUCAUCUCUAUUAUCUGCAGGAGUUUGAGCUACCACAAAAUGAGUUAUUCAAAACAAUGACUCAAAGCCAUUAAUCAACUUGCUGCAGUUCCCAAUUGAUUCAUCGUGAACUGUUACUCAUCAAUUUUGAACAAAAGAACCCCCACCCCGAAAGCUGCUUUAUGCUGGGGAAAUAAGUAAGCAUUGUUUUAUUUGGUGGAGAUAACGUUAAGACAUCCUCAACAUACUAUGUAUAUCAAGCUGUUCCAAAAUUCAAUUCAUGGAUGUUUCACGGGUCUGUGGAAGUCAAACAGAUCAGAAGCUCAUCAUGUUCAAUUCCCUGAUGUAGUGCACCCUAAACAAACUAGCUCGUAUCAUUUGUUUUGAACUAGUCAGUUUCUGAGAUUCAUAGUUCCUUCUGUAUCCACUUUGCCCAAAGUGGUUGGCAGCAAAGAAUGACACAAGCAAUCAUUGGGGUGGCAGAGAGGGAACACAUCCAUCAGCCUUUUGUGCUUGGUACCGCCCUUCUCCUGAUGUGCAUCUAUGUGUUCUGCUUGGCAGCAAUUGCGUCCACCGUGCAGCUCCUCAAUGACUCUGCCAGCGGCAGGCUCUUCAGCAAGACUGGGCUCCCUGAUGGCUGCAGCCGCUGUGCUGUGGUUGGGAACGGUGGGAUUCUGAACGGCUCUCGUCAAGGCAAGGAGAUAGAUGCUCAUGACUUCGUCUUCAGGUACAAUGGGAUCGGCAUCCCUUCCUCUUAAGGAGGGACCCAAAUCCAAUUUGCGGAUGGGUAUAGGUGUAAAAUGCUCCCCCAAAACCCCUGUCAGAGAGCUUGCCAAACGGAAAAAAAAACUUGAAUCUGUUGUUUCUUCUGGUUAACACCUAUGUAUGUCUGAAAAUACCCCUUACAGGCUUAAUGGGGCAGUGAUCAAAGGCUUCGAGGAAGAUGUUGGGACGAAAAUCUCCUUCUAUGGUUUCACAGUAAACACCAUGAAGAAUUCCCUCAUUGCUUAUGCAGAAUAUGGCUUCACGCAGAUACCACAGGGCAAGGUAUGUACAUCGAUAAUCUUAUCUGUUCUUCAAAGGUGAGUGGGAAUGGAAAACCAGGAGCCAGGAAUGGAGUAUCUGGAAAAGAGUCUAUCUAUGGCUGGCUGACACCCUGGAACCCAUACAGCAACAUUUUGUUGUGGGUGCCACAUGCAAUUCUUAAAUUUCUAUUCUGUGUUUUGCAUUCCUCCCCUAUUUUUGCUUCAGGACAUCCACUACAUUUUCAUCCCUUCAGAUCUACGAGAUUAUAUCAUGCUGAGAUCCGCCAUAUUGGGCACCCCGGUCCGAGACGGGUAUGACAAGGGCGAUGAGUAAGUAGGUGCUCCUUGUCUGCUUCUCUGUCCUUGCAUUCAGUCCUCCUGGAGACAUCCAGAGCGGAUUCAGCUAGGAACAUCAGCCGCUGUUAGUUCUUAGUGUUGACAUCCCUUUGCACUCUGCUUUCUGUUUAGCCUUAAUGUCUCUGUGCUUCCAGUUCCUACUGAGGCAGCUCAGAGAGCAACCUUUCAGGCCGGCAAGCUGACCCUGCAGUAAAUAGGUUUUUAAGCAGCCAGACUCCAUUGCUGAAAAAGAUCGUGUUAACUUGUUCUUACAAAAUCACACUUCUGGGGAUUGUAGUGCAGUUGUAGCGCAUGUCUCUACAACUGUAUAUGUGCUUCCUCCAGUCCUUCAGUCCUCAGUGAUGCCAGCCCUGUUUUUCAGGCAUUCCACUCACGGUUGAAGGGAAUUUGCAAGCAGGAAGCAAGGCUGCACUGAAUUAGGUAUCUUCGCAUCCAGCACAAAUGUCUGAAGUGGGGAGGGAGUUGUUGUAGGUACAGGAUUCUACAUGAUGUAGAACCUCAGUUGCUCAUGGUUCCUGAUUGUGUGAGGGGAGGGGGUUCUAGGUCACAUGGAAGCCUGUAGACACAUGAUAGCUCCCUCCCUCAGAUGUUUGCACAAUAUGUGCAGAUGACAGUGGGAGGUGCAACAUAGCCUCACUUCCAGAACACCCAACCAGAGCUAUUGUAUCAUGAGAUUAUAUUCCAUGUCAUGUGGAAGUCCUAAGAUUGAACUUCCAUGUCAGUGGUGUGACACUGGUCUUGCAGAGUUUCUCAUAAGCACUGAAGAAUCUUUUAAAGUUUCAUGGAAACUGUUGGGAGGAAGCUCAACUGAUCUCAUGCUUUCUCUUUCGAUGCUUUGUAAGAGUCAUGCAUCUAGGGUGCAAGGACACAUGGUGAGAUGCUUGAGUCCAAACGAGAAGCACGAGGUCGUCCUUUGUGCAAGCAUGGAUGCAAGACUGUGGCUGGAGCUUACCUUUUAUUUUACCUUUCUGGUUCCUUUUCUAAAAUUGCCUGCAAUUAUUCUCUGAACUCUCUCUCCUUCUCUGUGUUUCUCACCAAAAUAUCCCUUGAUUGCUGUAAAAGCUCUGACUGGCAAUACUGCAAGCUCAAUCCCACCCACGUUCCCUGAACUCUCCAUACAUUAGUGAUCUAAGAGGGGCAAGCACAGGGUAGAAGAAGAGUUUAGAUUUGAUAUCCCGCUUUAUCACUACCCGAAGGAGACUCAAAGCGGCUAACAUUCUCCUUUCCCUUCCUCCCCCACAACAAACACUCUGUGAGGUGAGUGGGGCUGAGAGACUUCAGAGAAGUGUGAUUGGCCCAAGGUCACCCAGCAGCUGCAUGUGGAGGAGAGGGGAAUCGAAUCCGGUUCACCAGAUUACGAGUCUACUGCUCUUAACCACUACACCACACUGGUAGGCUGGAAGCUUGAGGCAUGCAGGGAGAUAGAAGGUUUUCAGCACCAUUUCAGUAGCUCAGCCUCUGGACAGCAGGUGGGAAGGAGGAAUAAGCAGAAAUCCCUUCUCCUGGACCUCAUCCAGCAGCAGGUGCAGAUGGGUUCCAUUUCCCUCUGCAAAUCCCAUUUGGAUUUCCUGUUCCAGAUUUCUGGAGAGUUAUUUAAUUUUUACGCCAUCCAUUUUUAGUAUUUUUAUCGUGGCGCUUGACAAAUGGCACAGUUUUACUGCUUUAUGUACUGUAUUGUUUUUAUGCCCCAGCCGCAGGAUCAGUUCAGAGCUGUCUAAUUGUUGUCAUGCAACAAAACUAUUUUUAUUUGCUCUAUUUCCACAGGCCACAACAAUAUUUUGGAUCUGAGGCACCUGCCGGAAAGUUCAAGUUGCUGCACCCUGAAUUUGUGCAUUACCUAACAGAGAGGUAAUGUUUUGAGACUUAGAACACCACAGCGAAGCCUGUUUUUUAGCAGGACACGACCACUGUUGGUGGAGUACAACUCCCUUUAUCCUUGUGCACUGGCCAUGUUGGAACUGGGGUUGAUGGGUGCUGGAGUCCAGCAACAUCUGGCUUUCCCACCCUUAAUAUAUUCAGUGGGUGAUAUCCAACUUAAGUCAUGCUAAGAGUAGGUCCACUGAAAUCAAUAGACAUAAGCACAUUGAUUUCAGUGGGUCCACUCUGAGUAUUACUUAACUGGACACCACUCAAUAGCAAUAUAUGUACUACUUAUAUCAUGUCAGUGGGAGUGAGGGGAACCCACAUAUUAUCACAUGAAACACAUCCGGGGUGGGAACAUUUUCAGCUCAGUGGGCUAGAUCCUGAGCUGUCUGCAAGCCCCACUUUCAGCAGGGAUUGGCCCCAUUCCAGAGAUCCUGAUUGGAAACUCGGGAAUGUAGCCAAUUCUAGCUUGGCUUGAAGUCACCAUCAGUGGGUACAAAGUGGGUACAAAAAAACAUGGGUACAAUCCCCCCUUAUCAGGGAGCAAUUGAGCGUGCACUCGAAGGCUCCUGAACCAUUUCCUUUGCAGUCGUUUCUUUACUGGCCCAGCAGCUGACGUCAUCUGUGGGUGGGUGUAGCUUUGGAGAAAUUAGGCCAAAUUAGGACUCUGCCGGGUCUAACUAGGCCAGCAGGUCAGAGAUUCCCCACCGCUGACCAUUUGUUUGUUUGUUUGUUUUCAUCAUUCAAUAUAUAUACCUCAAAAGAUCUCAGGGCGAUGUACGACAUUAAAAACAAAUUACCAAACAUCAAUGAUAAAAACAUAAUAAAAACAUAGUAAAAAGCAUACUGACAGACAGCCUAAAAGUAAAAUAAUCAUAAUAACAACAGUCCUCUUCCCCUACACUUGUACCAUAGCUGUCAACUUUUCCCUUUUCUUGUGAGGAAUCCUAUUCGGAAUAAGGGAAUUUUCCCUUUAAAAAUGGGAAACGUUGACAGCUAUGCACUUGUACAUACAUAUGUAGUAGAAUUCUGACUGCUCUUCUUUGUCAAUGGUGUAUGAAUCUCUGGCUGGCGGAAGGGACAGAGGGAACCGUGAGUCACCUGAGUAAAUUGGGUGGAAGACUGAUACACAAUUUUUGGGAUUUGUGCAGGAAUCUUGCCUUUAAUUCCAUUUUGUAUCAUAUGAGAGCCAAUGUAAAGGUAAAGGGACCCCUGACCAUUAGGUCCAGUCGUGGCCGACUCUGGGGUUGCGGCGCUCAUCUCACUUUAUUGGCCGAGGGAGCCGGCGUACAGCUUCCGGGUCAUGUAGCCAGCAUGACUAAGCCGCUUCUGGCGAACCAGAGCAGCGCACAGAAACGCCGUUUACCUUCCCGCCGGAGCAGUACCUAUUUAUCUACUUGUACUUCGUGCUUUCGAACUGCUAGGUUGGCAGGAGCAGGGACCAAGCAAUGGGAGGUCACCCCAUCGCAGGGAUUCGAACCACUGACCUUCUGAUCAGCAAGUUCUAGGCUCUGUGGUUUAACCCACAGCGCCACCUGUGUCCCUAUGAGAGCCAAUACCAAUGGGCAAAAAUUCCCUGUAUGUGGAAUGCUAGCAUGUCAGGGAGAAGAACAGGCUGGACGUUUGAAAUCUUUCUGAUUGCCAGAUUCUUAUAUGGCCCAUAGUUCGCACCUGACACAGCCAAUUGGUUAAAAACUUCUUAUUUUGUUAAUAACCUAUAAACACCCUCCUGUGCUCCUCUUCUAUUUACAGGUUUUUAAGGUCAGAAAUAAUAAACAGUCAGUAUGGACAUCUCUACAUGCCCAGCACUGGAGCCCUGAUGCUUCUAACAGCUCUUCAUACCUGUGAUCAGGUAACAGUCUUUAUACCGUUAACUUUUCCAGCAGCUGAUAAACUCAGCAUCAGGGGGUGGAGACCUAAGCCUAGUUGUGACAGUGACUUCACACUGUGUGGAAAGGGGAGAAGAUGACUCUCACACACCUAGCACCAACAGGGAACAUAAUCUAUUUCCUCCCAACAAGAUGUGCUUGUUCCACCUGCAGCUAGAACUUCUCUGUCUCUGCGUGGAGAAAAGGGGCAACUUUCAUGGGUCAUCUGAAAGCGCAAGCACACCGUUAGGUGCCAAGUAAUAAUAAUAAUAAUUUUAUUAUUUAUACCCCGCUCAUUUGACUGGUUUGCCCCAGUGACUCUUCCAGCAGAAUAUAAAAACAUAAUAAAAUGCCAAACAUUUUAAACUUCCUGAUACAGGGCUGCCUUCGGAAGUUGUGUAGUUCUUUAUUUCCUUGAUAUCUGAUGGGAGAGUGACUACCGAGAAAAUCCUAUGCUUGGCCCCCUGUCACCUCACUUCUCAUGGUGAGGGAACCGCCAGAAGGCCCUCGGAACUAGAUUUCAAGUGGCUUGGCACUGUGCAUGGCAAGGGUGGGGUGUCAGACAAAGCCUGGGAGGUUGGGCCUCAGGUCCAUGCCCAUCCCUAAGUCGUCCUCCUCCUCUGCUUCUUCCCCUCUCGCAGGUCAGUGCCUAUGGUUUCAUCACCGACAACUACAGGGCAUUCUCUGACCACUACUUUGAGCAGGAGAAGAAGCCGUUGGUCUUCUAUGCCAACCACGAUAUGCUGCUGGAAGCUGAGCUGUGGAAGAGCUUGCACCGGACUGGUAUCAUGAAGCUGUAUCAACGGUGA